AUGGCAGCAAAAAUUAAUUAUGACAUUUUUACCAGUCUCCCGGCCGAGUUGACUACCGAGAUACUCUCUUGUCUAUCCCCUGGAGAACUCUCAUCGGCCGUCAACGCCUCUCCACGUCUAGCAAAAGACUUUCUAGCGAUCCGCGAUCGGAUUCUGCUUCCCCAUGUAGAAAACUUCUAUCUGCGCUUUGGGCAGAUAGACGCCGUCCCUCUGAUUGAGUUUCUUUCAGAGCUUCGCUCGAUUCGGGAACAGUACACGACAAUAGCCGAUAUCGAGAAGCACGCUGAGCCCGUCCUUGACGCCAUGAUAGCACGCAAAGUAUUCGAGAAGCCAAAGAGAUGGAUACUGAGUCUAUCGACACUCGCCAAAGCGGAAGUAUUGAUAACCGAAAUGCGGGAGAUGUUUAUUUAUCACCGUUGGAGGGUGUGGUCACAAACAAAGUUGGAAUCGAAAAACGAGUGGCUGGCCUUUGAUCAGAUACCUUCAUGUUUAGUUUGGUCGUUUGCAAAACGCUACAUGGUAUUUGAAUUUUACUGCAGCAUGUUCUACCAUCCAGACAGCAUGAUAAUGAAAUCAAGAAGGGUAGGCAAAGACGUCUUUUUCUUGGCUGACAAACUCCGGUAUGGAGAUCCAAGACUCGAUGAGAGUGUCUUUGAAGGAUUCCGUCCAUGGGACUGCCUUUGGUACAAACACCGUGAUCUCAACAGCGAGGCAAACCAGCGUUUGAGGAAUGACCAGGAUCCUUUAAUGGAUCACGAAAUUUUCAAAUUUGACAGUCCUGACCGAUGGGAAGACAUUCUUACUGGCCAAGGAUAUUAUUACUAUCUUUAUCUCGAGGGCCUUGUUAGGAAUGACGGAGACUUGGAGAGAUAUGUAUUAAACAUGGCCAGAGUACGUCGGUUGGUCACCUCCCGAAAGCUUUCUAGAAAACGAAGGGUAUUAAAGCUGGACGAAAUGGCAAAGAUCCAACAAUGA